UUUGAAAUCGUGCGUACCUGCUUUGUUUGGGGGAGGUUGAAAUCUUUCGGCCUAUUCGAACGCAUUAUUUUUAUGAUAUCCUCGCUAAAUAUUAGAUUUGACAGUUGCGAACUGUCAUUGCGUUAAUAUUUACUGUUGUAAAAUGCUUUUCAAUGGUUCUCGGUGAUGAGUUCAAGUGUUGUUGAUGUUAUCUUCGGAACUUUCGGGAAUUCAUCCGUGUGACGAAUGCUUCCUGAGUUGUAUGGACUGCGGCUGUUACCGUAUAUUUUGUGGGGAUGGACGACAAAUCUGCUUGUGAACAAGAACCCCCACCUAGGGCUCGAGAAAAACACAAAAUUUCUAGUUGGUUUACAUUCAUGUCUAGCGGAAGCAGCAAUUCCUCAGCCAAACCACCAAAAAGUGAAAAGAAUAUAUUUCAACGCAUGAAGAAGAAAUUGGAGAAAAAGCUUCCCGGGUAUCGUUUUAAAUGUGACCAUUCUUCAUCAGAAAGACCCCCGGAAAUGGGCUUGGGUCAGAUGGCAGUCAUGAAAGGUUCCAUUCAAGAGGACGCUUGCAACGAUGUGGACUCGGAAGAGGGCGAAAUGGAAAGCGAUAGCAGAAGAAAAUUACUGAAGAAAAAGUGGCUGGGAAGCGGGAGCCCAAAUGCUGUUAUGUAUAAAGCUUGCAUGGAGAUGUUAAGUUAUGCAUGGUAUUGGGGAGAAAUUUCUCGACAUGAAGCUCAGAGGCAACUAACCGACAAACCAAAUGGAUCCUUUCUCAUUCGGGAUUCUGAGAAGGAUGGAUCACAGUUCACACUUAGUUUUCGUAUGUGGAAUCGAACGUUGCACUAUAGGAUUCAGUUUCACGACAAUUAUUGGCAUUUUGAGACCCGAAAAUAUGAAUCCAUGGUUGAAAUGGUUGAAAAUGUAAUGAAUCGGAGUGAUCAUGAGAUGUUUUUUGUUCAACGCACAAGUGAUAUAAUGCCACCAUUUCCAGUAAUACUACGCUAUCCAUUGAGUCGUUAUCUGAAUUUUACAACGUUGCAAGAACUUUGCCGUCGAGUAAUCAAUAAAAACAUGGAUGAAAGUGAUAUUCGAAGUCUUCCGAUUCCAGGACAGCUCAAAAAGUUUUUAAUUGAUAACGAUGGAAGUGGUAGCGACGGGAACUGUGUAGAACUCGUUCCAGUAGUGUAAAAUUUUGGUAAAAAGUGUUGUAGGCGAUAUUUUGUAUCAUACUUGACUUGCUACACACCAUGGAAUUGAUAUUGACUGAAAGAGCAAAGAAUUAAAUAUUGAAACGAUUUCACAACAAGUAAGGAAAGGAAUUUUCUUCGUAUAAAAUGUGAAAUUUGAACUAUUCACCGAAUCGGUUGGAAAAAAAAAUUGCUUAUUAGUUGGGAACUUACGCAAUAAUCAGUUCCUAAUGGAGGAGAAAGUAGUGUUCAGCGGAUAUAAAUCUGAAUUUCAUAAUUAUAUACUAUCUUAGCAGAACUGGUUUAGUUUAAUCAAUAAAAUUGUAUUUAUUUUCUUUAGAUUUUAAUAUAGUCAAAAUAAAGAAUACGAUUUUUAGUUUAAU